AUGUGGCAGCCUUUAUCAUUUCUGUCGAGCGUAUACCGCCUUGAGGCACUCGACACUCGCCUCGUCACUUCGACGUCGCUGCCGUACAAGCCGGCAGCACCAGGCGAUGAAGCGAUCGCCCAUAAGAAGCAAUCGCAGCCCCAUUCCGGCGUCGAGGGCCGCGCCCAGCCCGCGAAAUGGAAGACUCCCGAGUUUAUAUUCUACUAUGUCUUCCUCAUCGUGGUAAUUCCGUACAUGUUCUGGGUAGCGUAUGAUGUUUCCAGACCAUCUGACCCCCGGUAUCCCAAAUAUGAACACCUGCUUGCUCCCGGCUGGAUUCCGGGCCGCAUGAUCGAUGCCUCGGACCCGCAAUACCACACCUUCCGUACCAACCUCCCUUACAUGGGCGCCCUCCUAAUCGUCCAUCCUCUCCUCCGCCGCUUGUACAACAUACUCCGCCCCGUCUCACCAGACACUCGAUCGCCCACUGACCGGGGUGAAGCCCGCCUCCAGCAGCGAGUAUCCUUUGACGCCAUCUUUGCGCCGAUCCUGCUUCUGGCCCUGCAUGGCUUCUCCGCAUUCAAAGUUCUCCUGAUCCUCUAUGUCAACUAUACAUUGGCGACGACGCUACCCAAGCAACACAUCCCGGCCGCAACAUGGAUAUUCAACAUUGGCAUCUUGUUUGCCAAUGAGUUAUGCAGCGGCUAUAGGUUCAAAGAUAUUGCAACCUUUCUGGGGAGCAGCGAUGGGCUGCUUCACAGGACCGGGGAGUGGAUGGAUAGCUGGGGAGGUAUUUUGUCUCGUUGGGAGAUACUUUUCAACAUUACCGUACUCAGGCUCAUCAGCUUCAACCUCGACUACUACUGGAGUCUAGACAGGCGAAGCAUGAGUCCAAUAGAGGAGAGAGCUGACAAACAAAGGAAGAGACAAGAGGAUCCUGCCAACCUCUCGGAGCGGGAGCGCGUCUCGACGCCGGCUAAGCCACGGGACUAUUCUUUCCGCAACUACCUUGCCUAUGCUAUCUACGCACCUCUCUACCUCGCUGGUCCCAUUCUGACCUUCAACGACUACGUUGCCCAGCAGCGCCACCAGGUCAGCGGCAUCGAGACGCCACGCACUUUGCGGUAUGCGCUGCGGUUCGUCCUUGCCCUGCUGGCCAUGGAGGUAGUGCUGCACUUUGACUACGUCGGCGCCAUCAGCCAGGCGCAGCCCGUGUGGGGCAGCUACACGGCGGCCCAGCUGUCACUUCUCUCAUACUUCAACCUGCAUCUCAUCUGGAUGAAGCUGAUGCUCGCGUGGCGGCUGUUCCGCCUCUGGGCCCUCCUCGACGGCGUGGACCCGCCCGAGAACAUCAUCCGCUGCGUCAGCAACAACUACAGCACCCUGUCCUUCUGGCGCGCAUGGCAUCGCUCCUACAACCGCUGGCUGAUCCGCUACAUGUACGUGCCGCUCGGCGGCGCCGACUUUCGCUCCCGCAAGGCGGCCGCCAGGUCCAUAGUUACCUACCUCGUCAUCUUCACCUUUGUGGCCCUGUGGCACGACAUACAGCUCCGCCUGCUCAUCUGGGGUUGGCUGAUCGUGCUCUUCUUCAUCCCCGAGGUCGCCGCUGCCUAUUUCUUCCCCGCCCAAGCCUGGGCCGACCGCCCGACGGCAUACAGGAUGAUGUGCGCGGCUGGCGCUGUCAUCAAUGUGCUGAUGAUGAUGUCGGCGAACCUGGUUGGGUUUGCGGUCGGCCUGGACGGGCUGGAGAGCAUUCUGAAGGGAAUCUUUCAUGACUUUUCCGGCUUAAUGUUCCUGGGGAUGGCAUGUUUGACAUUAUUUGUGGGCAUCCAAAUCAUGUUCGAGGUACGAGAGUCAGAGAUGAGAAAAGGCAUACGCCUUAAGUGCUAG